AUGUAUACAUCCUGCUUUCACGCGGACACAUCUAACAAGGGCUUCACUGCUCAACCAAUCCCGAACCCACAACUACUGGCGAUCCUGAUCAGCAACCAUAGCACACGCACAGCUCGCAGCUCAUCCUUAAAACUCAACCCCGAGCAUGGGAAACGCAAAUUAGAUAAGGAUAAUGCUGAGGAAGGAGAGUAUGGUGGGAGCGAUGUGGACUUGAAGGAUGGGCAGCAAGUCUACUCAGUCACUCAUCAAGCCCCGCGAUCCCCAAACUCUACUUCCUCGUCGUCGGGUGAUGGGUACCUCAUUGUCGAGGCUACCGACAUGUUUUCUCCGGUUGCUAGUUUGGAGUCUUUGCUUAAAACCAGAGAGCUUGGUGAAAGGAUGCUUACUCCUCCAGUAUGGUGGAAGAUCCAGAUGUCCCACGGGGUCUGUGGGCGUCGCGCUGAGGCCAUUGAUCUUUCGCAUCUCAAGACUGUUUACAGCGUCCAGAAGGCUGCCUUGUCAUUUGACAAAGCGAAUGUCAAUGGGGUGCGAUCCCGAUCGAACACCCACUCAGAUGCGGUACUUUUCUGUAUCUGUUAUGUCUUGAUGUAUCUUCGUCACAGCGGGAGCACGUCAAAUUGCUACUGGCUGCCUGAAUAUUGCAAACAACGCAAUGUGCAAGUGUUCGUCGCCAGCAUGUGCAUUGGUCCAGGAAUGGGCAUGGCAGCUGUAUUCGUCAGCGAACACUGA